AUGAUGAGUCCCAGGGUACCCCCGCUACCUCCACCCUUCCCAGGAUUCGGUUUCAGUCAAGAUGAGGUGGACAUGAUAUUAUACGGCUACACCAAGAGCAAGGCUGGUGAUCAGUGUCUGGGACACGCCCUUUCUUGUCUUCGUAUUGGAGAUCUUACUCAUGGUAUUGAGAAGAUAUUAUCAGGUGGAUCACCACCGACACCAGGUAGCAGCACCAGAAUAGCGAUACAUCAGACUGGAUUUGCUGGCACCAUUCACUGUGGUGUUUUCUGUUCUAAAACUGUUAUAGCUAAAGGUACCAGAUACGGUCCAUUUAAAGGUCGAGUUGUCAAUACUAGUGAAGUUAAAACCAACGAUGAUAAUUCAUUUAUGUGGGAGGUAUUUCAGGAAGGUAAAUUAAGUCAUUUUAUUGAUGGUCGAGGUAGUACAGGUGGUUGGAUGUCGUGUGUUAAUUGUGCUCGUUAUGCCCAGGAACAGAACCUGAUAGCAGUACAACACGAGGGAGAGAUUUAUUACGAAGUGUGUAAAGAUAUACCCCAGGGUAGCGAGUUACUAGUCUGGUAUGGAGAUUGUUAUUUACAGUUUAUGGGCGUUCCUGUAGCCCUUAAAGAAAUGGCAGAUGGCGGUGCUCAGGAGGAAGCCGACACCAGUGAGGGCUUCAGCUGCGAAAGAUGUGGUAAAUGUUUCGCUUACAAAUAUUACCGGGAUAAACAUUUAAAAUACACCAGGUGUGUUGAUCAAGGUGAUCGUAAAUACCCGUGUCAUCUCUGUUCCAGAUCUUUUGAGAAACGGGACAGAUUAAGAAUACACAUAUUGCACGUACAUGAAAAACAUCGUCCACAUAAAUGUCUGGUCUGUGGGAAGAGUUUCAGUCAAUCUUCAAGUCUCAAUAAACACAUGCGGGUCCACAGCGGUGAACGACCGUAUAAAUGCGUGUAUUGUAAUAAAGCAUUUACCGCUUCCAGCAUUCUCAGAACGCACAUCAGGCAACAUUCUGGUGAAAAACCAUUCAAGUGUAAACAUUGUGGAAAAGCCUUUGCGUCACACGCGGCUCAUGACAGUCACGUGAGAAGGACGCAUGUGAAAGAGCGUCCAUGUACGUGCAAUGUGUGUGGAAAAUCAUUCAGCCUACCAUUUGAACUGAAAUAUCAUAUGACGUCACAUUUACCUCAAUAGUUCAUAUAAUUUUAAUAUCUAUUUAUGACAUAACAUGUUUUUGUGAAUUCUAAAGAACGAAAUUCAUUAACUUUGUGGAUGUCCGAGACAAUUGAAAGGUGGUAGCAGAUGGU